CAAAUCCCUUAUCUUUAUUCUCCUUUCAAUUUCUUUCCAUUUUGUUGUCAUGUACUACUACAACUCAGCAAUUGCUCACUCUGUCUCAUACAUUAAAACUCUGUCUCUAUCAUUUCUCACCAGAAGCUUUGUAUUUUCCAUGGAAUUGGUCCUUGAUGUUUCAAUUUUCCAUUUUCUUUGAUCAACACUCAUGUAUGUACUUUAUUGGGUUUCUUUUUCUUUCCUUUUAUUUUUCUGAAUGUAGGACUUGUGGGCAUCAGUGUUUGAUGAUCACUGUUGCUUCUUCAGUACACAGAUAGCCUCAGUGGUGGGAUUCCCAGCGAGUUGGUGUUUCUUUUAGAGCAGAAGGCAUAGAAUAGAUUGUAUUGCUCCUGCAAUUCCCCUUUGAUUAGCUCGCUCUUGUUUGAUUUGGAAUCCAUUCUUCAGAUACUGGAUAUGCCCAUUUGUUAAUUUCUUCAUUGGGUGUUCAUCCUUUUCAAGCUCUUUUUUGUAUAUCCGUUUUUUCUUGUAUAUUUUUGUAGUCCAUCUUGCAAAAAAUUUCAUAAUUUUUGUGCCCAUUUGAAUUCCUGCUUCAUGCUUUGAAUCUCAUACAAGCAUUCUCCUGCCAUCUGCAUAUUCCUAAUUCCAGUGUCCAGUUGAAUUAUCAAAUCAUACUUCAUAUCCCAUCUUGAAUUUCUCAUGAUAAUGCAUUUGUCCCCACUUAAAUUUACCUUUAUUUCUUUAUCCAUUGAAAUUUCUGUAUCAUAGUGUCAAAUCUUAUCGUUCAGUGUCCAAUUCAGUUCCUUGCCUGUGACUCAUUCUCUUGAUUAGAGUGCCGUUUGCAUCCAAGACCGUGUUGCUUUAUCAAUCUUAUCAUGCUUAAGCCAUAGAAGUCAAUGUCGAUCGUCUGUGGCAUCCCUCUCCUUGAAUGUGUUUACUGUCUAGCUUGUGCCCGCUGGGCAUGGAAAAGAUGUCUCCACACUGCAGGCCAUGACAGUGAAACUUGGGGUGUUUCUACUGCUGAAGAAUUUGAGCCUGUUCCCCGCCUCUGCCGCUACAUCCUAGCUGUCUAUGAAGAAGAUCUCCAUCACCCUCUCUGGGAGCCUGCUGGAGGUUAUGAAAUUAAUCCAGAUUGGUUGAUUCUGAAAAAAACUUAUGAAGAUACGCAAGGUUGUGCUCCUCCUUAUAUCCUAUAUCUGGAUCAUAAGCAUGCUGAUAUAGUUCUAGCCAUUAGGGGGCUUAAUUUGGCAAGGGAGAGUGAUUAUGCAGUUCUGUUGGAUAAUAAGCUUGGGCAAAGGAAAUUUGAUGGUGGUUAUGUCCACAAUGGGCUUUUGAAGGCAGCUGGGUGGGUUUUGGAUGCAGAGUGUGAUGUUUUGAGGGAAUUGGUGGAGAAGUAUCCAAAUUACACUUUGACUUUUACUGGUCAUUCCCUUGGAUCUGGGGUGGCUGCACUAUUGACAAUGGUGGUGGUGCAUAAUAGGGAUAAAUUGGCCAACAUUGACCGGAAGAGGAUCAGGUGCUAUGCAAUUGCACCUGCAAGGUGCAUGUCGUUAAAUUUGGCAGUGAGAUAUGCAGAUCUCAUCAAUUCUGUUGUGCUCCAGGAUGACUUUCUACCCCGGACAGCCACCCCUUUGGAAGACAUUUUUAAGUCACUGUUCUGUUUGCCAUGCUUAUUAUGCCUAAGAUGCAUGAAAGAUACAUGCAUCCCUGAAGAGAAGAUGUUCAGAGAUCCAAGGAGGCUGUAUGCACCUGGUCGCCUCUAUCACAUUGUUGAGAGAAAGCCUUUCAGGAUGGGAAGAUUUCCCCCGGUUGUGAGGACAGCAGUACCUGUAGAUGGGAGGUUUGAGCGUAUUGUUCUUUCUUGUAAUGCCACUUCUGACCAUGCUAUCAUUUGGAUAGAGAGAGAAGCCCAAAGGGCUCUGGAUUUAAUGCUAGAAAAAGAUAAGAUCAUGGAGAUCCCAGCAAAGCAGAAAAUGGAGAGGCAGGAGACUUUAAAGAGAGAACACAGUGAGGAGUACAAGGCUGCAUUGCAGAGGGCUGUUUCAUUGGCUGUUCCCCAUGCUUACUCGCCUUCUCAAUAUGGAACUUUCAGUGAUCACGAGGAAGGGGAGAAUUCCAGCAGAUCAAGCGAGGGAUCUUCUUAUGGUUCAUCCAAGACAAGUAAGAAGAAAGAAAGCUGGGAUGAAGUAAUCGAACGUCUUUUUGAGAAGGAUGAAUCGGGUCAUAUGGUGUUCAAAAAACCAAACGAUGGUAACUGAUGUUGUAAUUUCAUGGAGAUCACAGGAUUGAAGAACAAAUUUCCAGUAAACCACAUUCAUUGAUUCAUUUGUACUUGAUUCUUGUAAAUUGACAUUGUUGGUGAGAAAGUGAGUAUUGAAUAUGAACCAGCAGGAACCUCUCAUGCAGUAAA